UUUAAAUUCAGGCGUUUGGUGUUUGACUGAUUUCACUCUGACAGUCAGGUCAGGCCAGCGGAGACAACAUGACGACAUACACAGACAAGGGCGAAAAGCACGAGCAGGGCCGGUUCCUUUGCUUCGAUCACUUAACAUUCUGGGUUGGAAAUGCAAAGCAGGCUGCAUCGUAUUACUGUAACAAGCUGGGAUUUGAGCCGCUGGCUUACCGGGGUCUGGAGACGGGCAGUCGAGAAGUGGUGUCCCAUGUAGUCAAACAAGGCAAGAUCAUUUAUGUUUUCUCAUCUGCCCUCAAUCCUGGAAACAAAGAGAUGGGAGAUCACCUGGUCAAGCAUGGAGACGGUGUAAAGGAUAUAGCUUUCACAGUGGAGGACUGUGACUUUUUGGUUCAGAAAGCUCGAGAGCGAGGGGCAGUUAUUCUGAAGGAGCCCCACACUGUGGAGGACAAGCAUGGCAAAGUCAGGCUGGCUGUACUUCAAACGUAUGGUGACACCACACACACAUUUGUGGAGAGGACUGGAUACAGCGGCUUGUUCCUGCCUGGUUUCCAUCCCCCUCUGUUCAAGGACCCUUCUCUCGUUAAACUACCGAGUGGAAAACUGAACUUCAUUGAUCACGUUGUAGGAAACCAGCCAGAUGAUGAGAUGGUGCCUGUGGUGGAAUGGUAUCGCAGGAAUCUUCUCUUUCACCGCUUCUGGUCAGUGGACGACAAGCAGCUUCAGACAGAAUUCAGCGCCCUGCGCUCCAUAGUCGUGGCGAACUUUGAGGAGACUGUGAAGAUGCCCAUCAACGAGCCUGCCAUUGGGAAGAGAAAGUCCCAGAUUCAGGAGUAUGUGGAGUAUUACGGAGGUCCGGGAGUGCAGCACAUUGCCAUGAACACAUCCGACAUCAUUACAGCCAUUCGAAACCUGAAGGAGCGUGGGAUGGAGUUCAUGGCUGUUCCCGACACGUACUACGACCAGCUUCGGGAGAAGCUGAAGCACUCAAAGGUCAAAGUUGUUGAAGAUUUGGACGUCCUGCAGGAGCUAAAGAUUUUGGUGGACCACGAUGACAACGGGUACUUACUUCAGAUCUUCACCAAGCCAGUUCAGGAUCGUCCUACGGUAUUCCUUGAAGUCAUUCAGAGACACAAUCAUCAGGGCUUUGGUGCCGGAAACUUCAAGUCUCUUUUUGAAGCUAUUGAAGCCGACCAGCACGCUAGAGGAAACCUGACCAUCCUGACACCAAACGGAGUUUCGAAGAAUAUGUGAAAUGGACUUGUAGUCACUAGAAAAAUCUGACAACACUUGUUAACCAUCAGUCUGCUAUGACACGACAGUGUGCUGGGAGUCUUUAUUUUACAAGUCAACUGAUAUUAUGUAGAAAAAGAUACACAGCAAAAGUACUCAAAUCACAUGAAUUGAUGAUUUUCUUUAUUUUGUGUGUGCACAUGAGCGUACAGGAAUGUUGCAUGUUUUCUUGAAAUUGACCUCCAUGACUUUGAAGUGUGAUUUGCUCUCUUGAUGUUCAUCAAACACACUGUUCAGACUUUGAUUCAGAAAAUUUUUGAUGAUCAAAUAAUUUGCAGAAAAAAGACAUUGUAUCCGUGAUAUAAGCUUGACUCAAGCAAAACAUAUUCUGAGCUCUCAUGAAUGAAAACAUUUAACUAUACACUCUUGUUGUCAUUUGGACAGUGUGGUCAACACAGACAUUACAUUACAGACCUCAAGUAUGAAGGCUGAGAUUCUUUUUUACAUUGUAGCGAAAAAAGAUUUCAACAUGUAAACUGUCUUGGAGCUGAUAAACUGUUAUAAAUCAGUUUUUUAAAACCUUUGCAGAUUAUCGCUCCACACCACACGUCCAAUGACACAAUAAAGUUUCAAGUGUUGGUCUCA